AAGCCAGUUCCCAUUCAAGUGUGGUCAGGCACUCACGUUCCGGACACUCCUUCAGCACUUUCAAUUUACCUGCAGACAAGGACUUACCAGUGUACUUCUGUCGGCAAAUCUCUCAGUGUUUGCUAAAUUAAAUAUUUUAUUAAAAAUUUAAUUGUGCCUAAUUAGAAAGACGUAAAUUGUGAAAAUGCGGUCCUGUGGAAUGAAUUUAAUUAAGACAAUUUUAUUUAUUUUCAAUUUCAUAUUCGCCAUAUCUGGGCUUGGUGUCCUGAUAGCUGGAGCUCUUGUCCUAGCAGAUGUCGGAGAAUUCAGUCAUUUCAUUGAAGGCCGUGUGGUAGCGCCCCCAAUUGUCUUGAUUGUCGUUGGGGCUCUGGUAUUUUUGGUGGCCUCACUGGGUUGCUAUGGAGCAAUUCGGGAAUCUCCGCCCCUUCUGACUCUGUUUGCUGUGUGCCUGGCUAUCAUUUUCAUCGUGGAACUUGCCGUGGGUAUCGCGGCUAUAGCCUUCAAGUCUGACCUCGAGAACGCCCUGAGAACCAGUCUUCAGAAGACCAUUCGCAAUUCCAACACGGAAGAUCUACGUGCUUGGGACAAUGUACAGAAGAAGCUUCAGUGCUGUGGUCUCGAUGGGCCUGCAGAUUGGGUGGAUUUGAGUCGUGAUCGUUACCUCAGACCCAGUUGUUGCCGACCAGAGUAUAUCGAUGCCCAGACUAAGGAUUGCAGGAAUGCCCUACCACUGCACAAGGAUAAAUAUUACCAGGAUGGCUGCGUGGAUAAGCUGAAGAUGCGCGUAGAGUCCAACGCAUCAAUUCUGAUUGGUGUGGGAAUUGGAAUAGCCUUCAUCCAGAUUCUAGGCAUAAUCCUAGCCUGUCUCCUCGCAAAUGCCAUUCGCAAUGAAAAUGCUAAAUAAAAUGGACCAUGAAGAAAUGCAACGCUCCAUCAAAUACAAAAGACAACCACAUGGAAAAUCAAACUUCCACAUAUUAUUUACAAAAAAAAAAGAAACCAAAAAUAAUGAAAAGCGAAGGAAGGAACAUUUUUUCUCUACUUCCCAUCGAAAAUCAUACACACAAUUUUUUGUCCUAGCCGUAGAAGAUUUUCUCCAAAUUCACAAGAGCUUCUUGCAACCAGUUUAUUAAUUUCUUUUCUACGUGGAACAUUAUUAGAAUGUCUUUAGGAUAUAAAGUAAGAUUUUAAUAUUGGCCUUAGAAUGUAGAUUUUUAGAACAUUAAAUCGUCUUUGAUCAAUUAAGUCUUGUUGCAGUGAAAAAAGUUGAUUGAAAAAUGUUGGAAAUUAUUGAUGGAGAUUCAGUAUAUUUCGUUGAAAAAUUGAUCUAAUAUCCGUAGAUUUGUGGGACUUUUGAGACGAAAUAACACGUAGGAUUCCAGCUGUUUGAGAUAAGCCUUAACCUCUCUACCUCAGUUUUUGCGUUGAAAAGUUUUAUUAAAAUGAAUUGUUGAGGUUAUUUCGUCUCGAUACAUGGUUAGAAUCGUUAGAAUGCUUCUUAAAAUAUUAAUUUAAUAAUGACAUUUUUAUGUAAAAUGUAAUGUAAACUGAGUUCUAGCUGUAAAUAAAUCUAACUCUAAAAUUUAA